AUGGGUGACAACAAUCGCAGCGCCCUACCGCCGGGCGACGAGGCGCCUAAUGACGAUUCGAGACCCCUAAAGAGACAGCGCAACUUUAUUGCGCGACAAGCAUGCGAGGCGUGUCGCUCCAAGAAGACCAGAUGUGACGAAGAUAUGCCUUGCAGUCUCUGCAAAAGCCUGGGGAUUGAGUGUACUUAUGCAGAGCGCAAGCCAACAAAGAAUGAGAUCUCAAUGAGCAUGAUAUUCAACACGCUGAAGCGGAUGGAAUCGAAGAUUGAUCACAUGUCCGUCCCAGCGUCCGCGAAGUCCUCUCAUGAGCAUGAGGCCAACAGGGCCGACUUCAAUCUCCCACACGCAGAAAGCCCCUAUCACAUGGAUUCUGUCAUCUCCCAUCAAUCCUUUUCAUCACCUUUAUCAAGUACCAGACAGUUACUUCGACAUUCGAGCACCCAAUCUGGUAUUCUAUCAUUUAGUGCCCGUCGAACGAUUCAUUGGCCGGGCGUGGAGGCUCUACUUCCAAGCAGCCUAACUUCAGCGGUUCGCAACCUGGAGAAAAGCUAUCCUACUCAUCUGGAAUCCGGACGACCACCACUAGAGCCUGUUAUCUCAGCGCAGGGUGCAAUUCCAACGCUUGACUGGCUCGCCUCCCUCAGCCUCUCUUCCGUGAAAGACCUGUCGAAUGCGUAUUUCGACACCUUCAAUCGCGUCUAUCCGUGCAUCGACCGCGACUUUUACUUUCUCAGCACUCUUGCCGUUGUAGUCCGAGAAGGUUUCGGCCACGACAUAGAGUCAUGUCUCGUCCUGAAUGUCAUGGCCCUUGGGUGCAUGGGUUUCAAAGCAUAUGAGGAAGGUGGUUUCGAAAUAGCCAGUCAAGCUUCGAUCACUCCAAUCAUUCGACACAUCAUGGACGAAGAGAUCGCCGGCUUAAGCUUUUUCAAUGAAGCCCGGAGACGUGUGGGCCUCUGUCUUUGCGAGCGGGACAUUCAGGCUUGCCAAUAUUACCUGACAUCGGCCGUGUUCUUUGCGCAAGUCAUGCGACCGGUUGACAAGUGGUUGGAAACCGGUCGGGCGGCGGUUAUUUGCACCGCUUUCUGGAAAUGCCCACCCGAACCUGUCGAUGAGUGGUUGGCAGACAUGCACGCAAGGCUAUUCUGGUGCUCGCUCGUUCUUGAGAGUCUUGUCGUUCAAGAGUUGGAGCUACCGUCCAGCGGGCUGAAGGCGUGGGAAGAUGAGGUGCCUCUUCCAAAAUUUACCACGUAUCCUUAUGCCAGCAGUUCGCGCCCGCAACAUUCGGACGACUCACUCUAUCACUACCACUUCCUGGCACAGAUUGCUCACAGAAUCAUCCUCAAUCGGAUAAAGGAUGAGCUGUUCUUCAGCAACCCUUCAACCAAAGUUGCAGAAGAGCUGCGCCACCAGCUUGAGCAAUGGCGUGCUAACCUUCCCCAGGCGCUUCGGUACGCAAGUGACCAGGAACACCAAAGUUUUGACUGCCCCGCCGACGCCGUUGUUGUCGCCUUGCUUCAAAUGCGUUAUCGAGUGUCAAUUUUCCAUCUCGGGCGACCUUUUUUGUAUAAAGCCAUUCAGAAUCCCGCGUCGGUCAACGAGACCGAGCUGAAAUUAUGUGCACAAGCGCUGGAGUAUGCCAUGGACUGGCACAUGACAUUGGACGUCUGUGCAAGAAUGCAGAACUUUGAGCCUUUGAAAUAUUUCGCAUGUGGACAGUUCUUUGGGCAGCUACUCAUCUUCCAUGCCUUCAAAAACUCACCUGAUCGUCGGCUCAGAGACACGCUUCCCUCUGGGUUCGAAGCUUGGUGCACCAGGAUGCUAAAGUUCAUUUACGAUUUUGUCGAUUCGAGUCCAACAAUUGCCAAGGAUUUCGAUUUGCUCUCGUCAUUGUAUCACGUCCCCGAUGGAUGA